GAAACGAAACACAAAAUGCUACUGCUUUUUGGUUGCUUACUCGUAUUUUUUUUAUCACACCUGUUGUUUCGUAAUUAUGUGGCGAACAUCUUUGUAGUAUCCCACACUCUUUUGUCUAAAUCACAGUGGUACCUCCUUUUGCGUGCGGACACUGCUGCUUGCAAAAAUGUGGCAUCACAGUAUUUACAGAUUCAGGACAAACUACCAAAAUUUGCCAAUGUGGAACUUCACAGUCCAGAUGCAGCUCCAGACAGUCCUAAUGAAGUUCUGGAUGUAUUACAAAGUGCAAAACAAGAAUUGAAAGAGAAAUCACAACUUGUAUUGUUGUUAAAGGAACAGCUUGAAAGCCUCCAAACUGAGAAACAGCAUAUCAGCACAAGAUGCACUUACUUGGAGCAGCAAGUGCAGAGGCUAUCGAGACAGCUUGAGAAUGAGUCAGAGAAGCGAACAGCAUCUGAAUUGAGUGAACUUGAACAACUUCACAGCCAGUUGAGAGCUACCACUGAUCAGCUGGCACAGACAAGAGAUGAGAAUACAGGAGUGUUAAAAGAACAGUUAAAUGCUGCUGAAUGCAGGAUUGAGGAACUUGAGAAAGAAUUGCUGAAAGUACAUCAGCAGAUGUUGGAACACCUCAGUGACUCACAGAUGAACACGAGUGAAAUCCGAGGGGAAGUAGAGCAGACUAGAUGGCAGCUGCUGCAGGAAUCUGGAGUUCAGAAGACCGAGUUGCUCAGGGCUCGUCAGGAUAUGGUGAAUCGGAUCAUCCAAAUGGGAGAAAAGAGCCGAGAGGUAGAGAUGAACAUGAAGAAGCUGCAGUUAGAUGGCAAACACUUGACUGCAGAUAUUUUAGCUAUCAUCCACAAACUGGGUGAUCCAGAACAGCAGGAGAUUAUUCAUGGUGUGUUAAAGGCUUUGGAACUUGAAAACCAAGUUUUGAAGUUAAGAAAUGCUCAGCUAGAAUUGGCCGGGAAUACAGAAACUCUGAAAGGAAACAGUUAUGAAUCUAAUAGUAAGGCUGAUUUCCAUUUUGGGGAUGAUGAAAAGAAAUUGCUUUGUGGAGAUAACAUGGACCUUAACUCUAAAUAUUCGGAUACCAGUAGCAAGAAGACAGAUGAUUUCGAGACAGAGUCCUUAAAAUCGGAAAUAUCAGAAUUUUCACUACUGAAACAGAAGUUGGAUUCUCAGAUAUCCCAGCUUCAAAUGAAAGCUGAAAUGUAUGAGAGAGACAUAGAAUGCUUUGAAGCGAUGAAGUCUGACUGGACUGUGGAAAAGAAGGUGCUGGAACAGCAUUUAUCUGAUUUGAAGGAACAGUUGAAAGAAAAAGAAGAAGAAUUAAGUCUUGUUACUGCACAGAAGGGAUUGAUGGAGGCAAAGAAGCAGGCAUUUGUUCAAAAUGGCAGAUCUGAAGAACACUUGGUGCUGCAGGACAGGGUAGAAGAGCUGAGUGUUCAGUUGAUGCAGGUCCAGGAAGAUAAAGAACAGCUUCAUCAAGGAAAGAUUUUUCUGUCAUCUGAGGUGGAGGCUAUGGCCAAGAUAGUUCAGGAUUUGGAAUCUCAGCUUGCGAAAUCUCAAGAGGAGAAUGCAGGGCUGACCAAGAGCAUGGAAGAGUUGGAUGAGCAGCAUCAGGAUGCAAUUGAUCAGUUGCUCAAAGUAAAGCAGUCACUUCUGAAUCAGUAUGAAACACUGCAGUGUGAAUUAGCAACCCUCAAGCAGAUACCUGGUUUUGAGGAACAUGGGUGUACAGUGAGAAGUGAAAACUUUGUAAAGAUUGAUGUAGGAACAGAAUGUUUGAUUCCUGCAGAGUCAUACAAAGGAACCCAGACUGAACCAUGCAAAGAUAUUCAAAACAGUGAUGAGGUUUGCACAGAAUGCAGACAGAAUUUUGAGGUAGAGUUUCAAGAGAAGAUUUUGAAGCUUAUAACAUUUGAAAUACCAGAAUGCUAUUUUGGCUUUAACAACAACGUUAAAGAUGAUGUCGUUCCCCUAGGGACAGUAGAAGCUUUAGUCAAGAUGUGUGUAGAAUCCAAGUGGCAAAGAGACACACUGGAACGUAAAAUAGCGGAGCUCAUGAAGGAGUUGCGAGAAGCAAAGCACAUGUGUGAGCAACGUAACAGGACGGCCAAUGAGCUGGACUGUGAGUGCAGAAUGCUGAAGGGCAAUGUUGAAACACUUAUAGAAGAGUUAAUGGUGAGUAAGGGUAGUGGUGGUGGUGAGGCUUUGGCCCCCAUUCCUGAAAAUAGUGAGGAGACAGAAGCAAUGGAGCAAAAAAUGUUGAUGUUGGAGAAUGAGAUAGAGGUGCUGAGAGAGGCCAGAUCAAACCUUGAGGCUGAUGCAAAGGGACUGAGGGAAGAAUGCCAGGUACUUGUAAGAAAGAUGCAGGCUGCAGAUGCGAUGCAACGGAACCAAGAGAAUCUGCAGACAGAGGUCAGCAAAUGGCAGGAGGCUGCAACUAGUGCUGAUGGACAGUUACAAGAAGCUUUGGCAGCAAAAUCUUGUCUAGAGGAAGAGGUAGAGAGGUUACAUGAAGUUUUCUCAAGGCAGAGGACACUAGAGGAGUUGCAGGAAGAGAUUACACAGCUACGUGAAAGGUUACUUGACCAGGAAGAUAUGCAGAACCAGAAAGAAGCCUUGUUGAAUACAGUAAAAUACACACAAGACCAGUUGCUUCUCUGCAAUUUGGAGAAGUCUAAAUUAGAAGAUGAGGUAAAGGAAUUACAGAAGAAGGUUGAAGAUUUGAAUUCUCAUGAGCACUUGCAGCACCAGCAGCAGCUUUUUGAAACACGAGAAGCAAAAGAGGCCUGCAUUGUUUUUCAGGCACAGUUGACAGCUAAAACAAGGCAGCUGGAAGAUGCCUCACUGAAGAUCUCUGAAUAUGAGCAGCAUUCUCAAGACUUGAAUCAACAACUAAAAUAUUGUAAGGAGAACCUGGACAUUGUGAAAGUACAGUUGGUUGAUACAGACACUCGAUUAAGCGAAGUACUGAAUAGUAGAGUAUCAUUGCAAAAGGAAUUAGGUUGUGUGCGUGAAGAGCUCAAUGAAAAGUUGAAAGAAAUUUCUAAAUUGGAAGAUGAAAAGACACUGAUUGAGCAAAACCUCAUGCAUGCUAUUAGUGACAAGUCAAAUUCAGAGAGUAUGUAUGAAGAUCUUCUUUCUGAACUUAAUGCCAAGGGUGUGGAAAUACUGAAUUUGAAGAAAGUGAAGCUGGAAUUAGAACAAGAGAUUGAAAGACUCCAUUCUGCCAGAGCAGAGAUAGACUAUGAAAGAUUGGGUCUUCAGGCCACAGCUGUUGAAGUAGACAGAUGGAAGCAAAUGGCCGAGGCAUCUGAGAGACAAUUGAAUGAGGCACUGCAAGUGCGAGACGAGCUGGAACAAGAGUGUAAAAGACUAUAUUUGAUUCAGACUCAAGUACAAAAUCAAGAACAUCUACACAGGGAAUUAGAACAACUGAAGAAGUUGUCGGAAGAAAUGGAACAGAACUCUAAUCAGUUACUGACUGACAAAUUAUCAUUGGAACAGCAGUGUGCAGACUUGAAAGACAGACUUCAUAAUCUAGAAGAUAUAGAGAAAGAGGUAAAAGAGAGAGCAACAGAUGCAGAACAGCGACUUGUGGAUGUACUGCAUGACAAAACUGAAUUAGAAACAAAGUGCCAGAUGAUGCAUACUGCUGAGGAGAAGUUUAAGAAUCUAGAGAAAGAUUUUGUCAGGCAGAAAGACUUGAACUUUGGUCUCCAACAGGAGUUGAGUGAAGUUAUGUCAGCAAAAUGCCAGCUGGAGACAGAAUGUAAGAGGUUGCUUGCUGUAGAGGGAAAGCUUCGAAAACAAGACAGUUUGAAACUGGAAUUGAAUGAGUUGAGACAAACGUUAGUAGCUGUUGAACAAGAACUGAAUAAAGUUGUGACAGCUAAGUUGCAACUUGAGGAUGACUACAAGAAAAUGGAAACAAUGCAUAAAGUGCUUAAGAGUGAAGUCACUACUCAGAAAGCAGAUAGUGGAAACCCUGAGGAAAGUGAAACAUUUAACACUCAGGAAGUGAUGAAAGCAACGGAACAGCAGAUCCAAAGUUUACAGAGUGAGCAACAGAAACUUUUAUCUGAUCUGGACAAGAAGACACAUGAAAAUAUUAAACUUAAAGCAGACAACAGUCGGUUUCUGCAAAUUAUUUCAGAUCAGGUACCAGUUGCUGUGAACCAUCAGGAGGGUAAUGAAGCAGUACAAAUGGCUAAGGAAACGAUUGCAAAUCUCUCAAAGAUCAUAAUGGAUAAAGAUAUGGAAAUUGAAGCUUUGAAUCAAAAUAAAGAAACCCUCUUACGUCGUCAUGAGUCAAAUUCUAACGAUGAAGAGUUCAUGAAAUUUAAAGAGGCUGUCUCUGAACAACUAGGCAGACUUAACAGUGAGAGAGCAGAGUUAAUAAGAACUGUGCAAGUGAAGCAUCAAGAAAGUGUUCAGUACCACAGUGAAAUUCAGCGACUAAGUGGUUUACUAAGCCAGGAGAUGAAGAAGCUAGAAGAGAUAAGACACCAACAUACCAAACUGGCUCACCAGUAUGAGGAGAAACAGAAGUUGGUGCUUAACAUGCAGACUGAUUUGACUGCUGCAAAUCUGAGAAUUCAGCAGCUGGAAAUGGGACAGAUGAAUUCAGCUACUGAUGCUGAUGCUGCAUGGAGAAUGUCUGAGCUUGUUCAGAGGCAUGCAGAAGAACAGCAAGUAAGGGAAAACAAGAUCCAGAUACUGCAUUCACAAGUCACAGACCUGCAGAAUCAGUUAAUUCUUAUAUCUCGACACAAACAUGCUGAACCAGUCUCUCCUUCACAGAACAAGGAAGGGAAUGUGCUUGUUUCAUUAUCUGAGGAUAUUCAGGCGCAGCUAGAAACAUUACAGGCUGAAUGCAAGCGUGUGACAGACAGUCUUCUGCAAGAGCAGAUCCGAAACAAGUACUUGCAAAAUGAGGUACAAGAACAAUAUGAAAAGGAGAGUGCGCUUUUGAAGAAGCUUGAGAGGUUACGGCUUCAUCUGGUGGCAGUAGAGGAGGGUUAUACCCAAGAAGCCCUGAAAAGUGAGGAGCAGGUGAAGGACCUACAGAACAAAUUGGCACAAGCUGAAGAGAGAAUCAAGAAUUCCUCUACAGCAUACACAUCUGCAAGUAUCAGGGCCAAUCAGCAUGUGGAGUCCCUACAGGGCCAGGCUCGGCUAAUUGCUCAGCAGAGAGAUGACAUCCAGCAGAAAUUGUCAGCUGCUGAGGAUCAAAUUCACCAUCACUCUGCGGCACUACAUAAUCUACAGAUCGUACUGGAACAGUUCCAGAAAGAUAAAGAGAGGGAAAUAGAUUCAGCAACAGAGAGACUGCAGCAACAGCUUCAAGAAGCACAUCGACGGCACGAUGUACUGUGUGAUGAAAUACUUGCACUCAAAGUUCAGUUACAAGCAGCAAAAGACGGUCUUAGCGCUGCCGCUCGACUGGGAGAGCAACUGGAUAAGAAGUCAGAAAUAAUUACUGAUCUGAAGGAAGAAGGAAACAAAACAGUGGUGGACAUGGAUUGCUUAUGGAUAUGCAUAAAUGGUUACCAUGCACAAGAAAACAAGAAAAUUAAAAAGAAGUUAUGGACAUAGAUUAGUUUUGUAGUAUGAAAGGGGAUGUGUUUGCACAGCAGUGAGAUGAAAACACAGGAAUGGAGACCACUGAAUGAAAGCAUUUUACACACACUUCAUUAAUUAAUUGAAACAAUAUGUUGUUAUUGGCUAUAAUCUGCAAAUGGAAAUCAUCUAACCUACAAAAUACUGUAUAUUCUUACCUGACUAUUAUUUUUUGAACAAGAUGUUACAGUUAUGUAAGGGGACAGACAGAUGUACAUAUGUUCUGUAAGGUCAGAAUAAAAAUUCUUUUGUAUAUCUUGGUUACUCCACAUACAUCAAUACCAUUAUUAUUUAACAUAAACUUUUGCACCACAUCCACACACCACAUAAUUGUAUUUGGUGUUGAAGGUUUCUGAUGUGUUUGUAGUGUUGUGGUUCAAUAGAAGCAUCUGUACAUUCAAGUAUAGAGCAAUUUGUUUCUGUAGUAAAUGCUGAAUACUUUUUACAUUUCAAAUGGGUUCUUGUUUAACACAAGUUCAAAUAAAUAUGUGCAGUACAUUUCUUUCAUUAAUUUUUCAAUUAGUUCAUUAAAUUACUUUACCAGUGUUAUACUUAAUUCUUUUCCAUUAGUGACAACAAUGUUCAGUCUAGGGUAAAUUCUAGGAAGAACAGUAUUAAAAAAUAAAACAAAGUACCUUCAAGCAAAUUGUUAAGUUUUUUAAUUUUUUAUUUUCCCUUUCUGUUCCUGUGUUAAACAGUUUUCAUUCAUCAGAGCUGGUGUGUAUUAUAAAGUUAUAUUUUUAGCAAGUUUGUUACAUUGUUAAUUUGUAUAUAUUUUCUAGAGUUUAGAUAUCAGGCUGUUUUAAUCGCUACAUUCCUAAUAAGAAUUGUUAUAUUUACUAAGUGUAAUUAUAUUUGGAAUUAUUGAUUUGUGGAAAUGAGAAAUAAUAUUUUAAAAUAAGUAAACAAAAAUGUUUCAAGUAUAUUGAUGGAGUUCACUGAAAUUUUGUCUGUCACAAACAUCUAACCUUACUUACAAUGAAAUUUAAUUAAAGCAGUGACUGCUACUGUGA